AUGGCAUCCUCUAAUCGUGGAAUACAGAUUGGGUCUGCUUGGUUCCAGCGUAAAAUUAACUUGCGGCCACAGCACCGGGGUGUGCACUUGGUUACCGAGGAGAUACUGCGACAAAUGCCUGAACUUGGCCAAUUUUCGGUUGGACUGUGUCAUGUUCAAAUCCUUCAUACGUCAGCCAGUUUAGCGUUAAAUGAAAGUUGGGAUCCGGAUGUCAGGGAUGAUAUGGAAAUGAUGUUAAAUAAGAUAGUUCCAGAGGGCUUACCUUAUAGGCAUUCUUGCGAAGGACCGGAUGAUAUGCCAGCCCAUGUGAAAGCAUGCUUUCUUGGCAGUUCAUUGACAAUCCCCAUCACAGAUGGUAAACUAUCCUUAGGAACCUGGCAAGGUGUAUGGCUUUGUGAGCAUCGCGAUCAUGCUGGAUCGCGUAAAUUAGUGAUAACUUUAUCAGGCUGCCCACGUGACUCGGCGCGAAGUCCUUUAUCUCCAGUAUCACCAAUUGCCUCAACAUCUAGUUAGGGACGGCCUCGCUCCGCCCGCGACAGUCGGUAAUUGCGGGGGAGCGACAAUAAUGACAUCAUUUCGUCGAAAGCGAUUUUAACUAAGAGUCUGAUAAAUAAAAAUCUGAUAACGACAUCAGCAACAGAAAAGAUAGCAACAAUAACUGCUGGUGUGAAACCAAGUAUGUCGGUAAUAAUAACACCAAUAGACGUUACAACAUCAACAACUGUAGAAAGUAUGUUAGGAAGUAAAGAGUGGUCAGUAGUGCCAGUAACCACUGCAUUAGUUAAAACGAAUAAAAUUACGGACUUUAAACCAGUUACAAAUAGUAACGAUAGAGGCUCUAAAUUACCACAAGUAAAAGCAACAGCAGCUAGUUGCAUUAAAUCUAGUGAAAUCAAUGUACAGCCGAAUUUGAAUAUUAGAAACUAUCCUUUAAACGAUAAUCAAACUAAACGAAAUGAUGUGCAUUAUUUGUUGAAACAAUUAAAUAGUUUUAACGAUAUAGAAGAAAUAGCAAUUGUUGAUAUUCGAAAAGAUACGAUUCCAAAAGAUAGACAAACGCAUGAUAAGUUUGAUAGUCAACUGCAAUCCUGCCAUAAAAAAGAAUCUACAGAUAAUAUUAUAAGUGGGAUGAGAAAAACCGAACAGCAAGUUGUUGUUUCGAAAUUAACUGCCAAAAAAAUUUCUACUGUAGCCCACUCGUCAAAACAACAUUUUACGGCGAAUAGUGACGUGCUAAUACACAGCAAAAUCAGUUGCCUACCGAACAGUGCGAAUAUUCAUGUAGGCCUAGACAAUAGAAAAACUCAAUUAACUGCAUCCCCCCCUGGGGACAUUGGGAUCAAUGAAAGUGAACGAAUUGAGGUACCUGCAGCAUUAGCGAAAACAACCGCUGCGACAAGACCAGGUGGGGAAGAAAGUGAUAGUGCAAGCGCUAUUCCCAGCGAUAACGGUAAAGAUGCAUCGCACCGUAGGCGGAAUUCAUCCUUUUUCAAAUGUUGCUAUACGUCCUUUAAUAUAUGGCGCAAUCGGCGUAGCGAUAGCAAACACGUAGUCCAUGAUAACAGUAAUGCUCAUGGUAACCCCGUUUGAUAAAAGCAACAUGGAAUAAAUAUUUGCACAGACAAAUGCUAUGCCAAUAAUAAUAAAAAAUUGAAUGAAAGCCAUUGCAAUGUUAACAUCGUAAAAUUCAAUGUAUCUAAAUUUUUUGUUGACAAAUAUUUUCUCUUUUGGCACAAUUUGCUUUUAGGGUUUUGUAGCAGAACAAAGCUCUGUUAUUAAUAAUGAAAUUGUUGAUAAUUUUAUGUAAAUUUAAAGAAAAUAUUUUAAUUUAAGAGGGAGAGCGUUUAGACUAGUGGAUCAUUUUCCCCUCACAAUAUUUCGAUUAUUAACAUAUUUAGUUUUCAAUAAACAAUUUUUGAAUUGGA